AUGGAGACGUCUGAAACCUAUCUCUUUCGAUACAUUUCGUUACAAAUUAGGGCUCUUAAAUUGACGGGGUUGUAUUUUUUUAUAUCUCAUGAUCUGAAGUCUUAUACGUUUUGGAUUAUUGUACUUAGUCGGCUUGUAUAUGGCGUUUUCAUAUUCGUUUUACCAAUAAUGGGACAAUUCUUGUACUUCGUCAGAUUGAUCAUGUCUGGAACUGCUGAGGUUCAAGAGGCAGCGGGAGUAAUUAAUUUAGUACUGAUAGAACUGCUGAUAUUCUUAAUAUAUCUGGAUUCAACCUAUCGCCGCAAUUUGCUAUUGGAAUUGAAAAAGCAAAUGCGAAGAAAAGAAUUCCUGCACUUCUCGCUGCCUCAAAAGACUUUAGUAGACCGAAGCAUCAAGUUGUCCAAAAAGUUUUUCUUUGCGUUCGUCAUUAGUGCAACUGUUGAUACUACAGUUCAUAUGAUCGUGGUGCCGGGACUAAAAAAGUUUGCAGUAUUGCCUGUAAAAAUGGAUUUCAUAUUUUUCGAUCCCAACGGGCAGUACUUCAAUUUCCUCUGCGUCUAUCAGAUUCUCUACAAACCUGUGAUACUUGCUGUUUUCUCAUCAUUACAAAGUAUGCGUUGGUCAUUUAUGUUGUGCACAAUCAGCCAAUUGGACGUUUUAAUUUAUAACUUCGAGAACAUGAAAGAGCUCGUUAAGGCGGGGAAAUGCGAGAUAAAUGAAGCCUUUAAGGAUGGAUUUAAAAAGAGCAUCGUCCAUCAUUGUGCUAUUAUAAAGUUUGUUGAUACGAUUGGGAGAACUUUCGGAGCACAGUUCUUACUUGCCUUUUUGAUAAGUUCAAUAGUUAUUUGUACGACUGCAGUGCAAUUUUUCUCGAUACGGAACCCACUUAACAAUAUAGUGGAACUGGUAUGGGUAUUCGGAUUUUUGUUUAUUUUGACAAUAAUGCUGUAUGUUGACUGCUAUUUCGGAAGCAUCAUAACUGAAAAGGGUUCUUACAUGUCAACGAUAGUUUAUUGUUUCCCCUGGAUCGACUUGCCCCAACAGAUGAAGAAAAACUUUAUUAUAUUUUUAAUAGGGAACCAACAAGAUCUUGUUUUAAAAACUUCUAAGCUUUUGCCAGUGUCUAUGGCAACAUUUAGAAAGGUAAUGAAUUGGACUUAUAAGGGAUUCGCUGUUUUAAACCAAAUGAAAAAAUGA